UUAUCCCAAGACCGGGAAUGUGUGUUCACAACAACAAUAACAACACAAUCGUGACCUUCCUUGUAAAAAAUCCUUUGUUUGGUUAAUAGUUAAGAAAAUUGUGAAUUUCAAAGUUAGUUCUAGUUAUUAAUUGGUUUAUUUAGUCAAUUUAAGCUUCGAUUAUUGAAGAGCCAACGCAGGACCUAAGCAGCUAAGAAGAUAUCACGUAUUGAAGAACUAAAUCAAGUCUAUCAAGGAAUGGGCUUAAUGACAUCACCACGCCAGGUGACACAGUUGUUGAGUCAUCGAUGGGGUCCAAAAUUUUUUACAUUGUCCCAGAGCGUCCCUGAAUUAAACCUGUGGAAUCGUCAGCUUUGCCGUUCCCUCAGCUCUGGCGAAGCGUUUACGGCAUUGAAACCCUUUUUCUUCGCCGUUCAUCCAGAUUUAUUCGGCCAGUUUCCGAAAGAAAGGGCAGUAAACGAAGACUCUCUGAAACAACUCAACUCGUAUAUCGAAUCUGCGACUGUGAAUAGACCGCUUCCAUCGACGCAUCUUACAUUUUAUUUGAGAACUGGGUCACCUCGUGUUUCACUUCCAACGAUUACAAAUUUUCAGUCAGUUAACAUAACUCUGGGAAACAAAGAUGUGCGAAAAACCAUUCAUUCAAUCUUAGAAAGCUGCAAUUUACCCACAUCGUAUCUAGACAAUCUACCUCAGGCUUCAUCAGAAUAUGUUAGAUCACACAUGGAAGCACAUCAUUAUAAAACUGAAAAUGAGAUGAAUAAGUAUUACACGAGACCUGAAGAUGUCCAAGAUGUUGAGAAUGAUAUUGAAGAUGCGCUGAACGCUCAAGACUCGUUAAGGGUAUGGUUGGAGGCAAAUGUGCUCAGUGCGAGAAAAAAACUACUCGACUGUUGGCCUAUUCGAGAAGACGUUGUUAAACUAAAGCAAACCAUUAGUGACUCUCUUGGUGUAUUAGAUGUAAUAUGGGAAUGUGGCUGGGGCAUAAAACAUUGUCGAGGAUGCCUACAAAGUUUUUUGUCUCUUGCUCACCACCAUCCGGAAAGUAUGAAAAUAUUAAGAGGCAAGACGAUCAUUUUUGGCAGAGAAACGGGUAUAAAUUUGGACGGGCACGUCAUUUUAAAUAGUGGUGAAGUACGUGCAAACUGGUUGGACAGCAUCAAGCGAGCCAACAGGCAUAACGUUAUCAUUUCCAGAAUUCCCAGAGUUGAACUAGCCCUCUCUCGGGCUUUAAAGGAUAUAAACAUUGUGCAUAGAAAAUUUGAACCGACUAGAAUGGUGGAUCACUACGAGUCGAAUUUGACGAAACUAAUCACUUCGAUAGGAGAUUAUAAAGGACGGUGCACUUUUCCUUCGCAAUGGCCUCGAAGCUUAUCUCAUCUAGAACUAGUGGUUGAAUCGGAUUCGGGACCGCUUAUGUUGUCUCCAACUGGUCAGAUAAUUGUCCCAUCCUCUUGCCCCCCAUUUCUACUAGUAAACUUUAUUACGGAUAAAAUGGAAGAAGCCACAAGUAAACUUGACCAAUACAAGAAAGAAAAGUAUGAAGAGCGAGAUCUUCACUCCAGGUGCAUGAUUGAACUGGGAUUGUAUGCGCUGGAGAAAGCCGACAAUGUAACUCCAUCUCUAAUGAUUGACUGCUUGAAUCGAUUACUUUGCCGAGCAGAAGAGUUAAAUCCUAUCCUCACAGGAUGCCAUCUAUGGGUUACGACUUACUAUUCUGUGCAGUCUGAUGGAGAAAUAUGUAUUCCUUGGAACUUUAAAUAGAAAUAGAAAUGCGUCUUGGUUUGGAUUGAACAUUUUUCAAAAGGACAAAAAGCAAUCCCUGGUGGAUUGAUGCAACAUGUUCUUGUCCUGGCUAGUCUACUAUUACAUACAUGGAGCGUACUAUCUCACAUUUUAUGACCAUUAUAAUGAGGUUAAAUAUCUUGUGAUAAUAUUAAUUUUUAAAAACAAUAGCUUAGCUAUAUUCUUACAAACGCGCGACCUGUAUUAUCUAUACAAUUACUUAAGGUUAUCUAUAUAUCAUUAACAUCUAGUCAUAUUAACAAUGUCAACUACUAUUUCGAGCAAAUAAAAUAUAUAUUUAAUUCAACAAA